AUGCCUGCUGCUCCUAAAAAACAACACCUCCCUUACUCUCAAAAGAUUAAAAUCCUUGACUUUUAUCAUCUGAACAAGAACAAACUCACUCAACAACAGGUUGUAACUUGUGAGUAUGCUAGCAUCCACCCCAUACAUGGGCAUCGUAAGAAGAUCACCUCAGUGAAGCUCCCGCAGGUUGAGGAGGCUGUAUAUGUCUGGGUUAUGCAGAAGCAACGGAGCAAGCUCUGUUUGACUGGCGCGCUGAUUUGUGAGAAAGUGCGUGAAUUUUGUUGCCUGUUCAACAUACCCGAGGAUGAAGUUCCUGCAUUCCACGGAGAGGCGGCAUCUGCUCCCAUCGAUACUAUUCAGGCAGAGGUUGAGCAAUUGGCCAGAAUUAUGGAACCAUAUGACCCCAACGAGAUCUUCAGCAUUGACGAAAUAGCCUUGUUCUUUUGCCUGCCCCCAAACAAAGGUCUUGCCACAGGACACACGUCUGGAGUUAAGGCUGAUAAGAUUCGUCUGACCUACUUACGUGGUGCUAACAUGAGCGGGUCGGAGAAAUUGGAGCCUCUCGUGAUUGGGCAAGCACACCGUCCCCAAUGCUUUGAAGGCUCUGAAGGGGACAAAUUAGGGUUUUAUUACUUCUGGAAUUCAACAGCGUGGAUGGUUCAAUCCAUUUGGCAGAAAUUUUUGUUCGGCCUUAAUGCUUGCAUGGUUCACCAGAACCAACAUGUCCUCCUACUGGUCAAUAAUGCCCCUUCGCAUCGCCAUUCCGCGUCUGAUUACUCAAAUCUACGCAUUGAAUUUCUGGCACCAAACUUUACUGCUUGGAUCCAACCCAUGGGUGCGGGUAUUAUCCGGUGCUUCAAAGCACAUCAUCGUAAUGGGUUUACUCAAUUGACUCUUGAGCGCGAUAACGCAGGCGAUAAGAAGAUCUAUAAUAUUGAUCAACUGCAAGCGAUGAAGCUCGCAGCAAACGCCUGGAACGCUCGCCAUGCCCGCCUUGCCCCAUCUGUGGCCCCCGAUGUUGGUAUUGACGCUAAUGAUGCGUUCGAUGCCGAGAACGCAGCACGAGUCGAGGCAGAAGCUUUACAGAAUGAAGUAGCUCGUCACCCGAACCUCCUCGAGCCCGAAUUUAUGCAGAUGAUGGAAGCGCUGUCGCUCUCGCAGCCAACCGAACAUGAGCUCACCGAUGUCGAGAUUGUUGAUGCUGUUCAUACUGAUCUAGCUUCAGCUCUCGUGGAAGAAAGCACAGAUGAUAGCAAACAGGAUCCAUCCUACCAGCACACUAAUCCCGAGUCCAUGAGCCUUCCUACCACGCAGUCUUUUUUAUCUAGGAACACCAUCACGUCUCGUGUUCGUGAGCAAGUAACGGAAGCAGCGCCCGACGGACAAGCCUGCGCGAUCACCCUCAACCCCUCACUUGUGCAAUGUGCGCAUAUCUUACGUAGGGCUACAGGGCAGGGGGAACGACAACAAUUGGCGCGCGCUUGGGGUAUUGAACUGAACGACCUGGACCUCGAUGGGCCCGAAAACAUGAUGUGGCUGGCCUUGGAUCUGCACGGGGCAUUCAACACUGAUGCAUGGGCGCUUCUUCUGCCAGAGUCCGAGCUACAGAGCAUUUUGAGUUAUGCAGGCCUGCAAUGGUGCCUCAAAACGCGCACACCUUUCACUCAUCACUACCCAUUGCGAAGAAUAUCGGAGUACACGUUUGUGCAACUAUCGACUUUGCACCCAUUUGUGCGCGUGCAAGGCGAUCAAUACAACGUUCACUCCUCACCUUUUGCUACUUUACCCACCAUUCGCUCUCACAUUCACCCGUUCUAUGCUAUCUGCAAUGUUGCCAAGAAGGAUAUUAAGUGGCAUCCUGAACUACAAGAUGAGACAAGUAACGCUUACUCUACUUUAGCCGAUCCCUCCGGAUUUUUGAAGCGUAUCCGACUUUGCCGCCUUAUCUACAAGAUUUGGAUGUGUUGCGAUCCGGAGCCCAUGGCUAGUAACCAGGUCACGUCUAAUACUACACCUUCUGCUGGCUCGGAUGCUGCUUGUAGUCAAGCUAGGAGCUCUCGAUCUGUCCGAAGUACAAGAAGGGACGCGGCAGCCAGGGCAAACAGCGCUAGGUUACCCUCACAAACCAACAAUCCAUCUACAAGUCAGCAUGUGGUACAAACAUUGCCUAUCACUGAUUCCACGUCUACAAUGGGGGGGCCACUAACCAAUGUGGAUGAAAGCCAAGCGCAUGGCGCCCGUCGUCAACCCCUGGAUGUAUCAGCUCAAUUGAAAGUUGGAAGAUGGCUUCACAGGUUGGAAGAUUACAAUGACCAUAAUGUGCCGGCCAUUUCUGAGGAAAUUGAUGAUUCAUGGCACAUUGGUGGUUGA